AUGAAACUUUUCAUUCUUCUUGCGCUGAUCGCAUUGGCUAGUAAGUUUAAAAAUUUGAAUUUUCAAAUUUUUGCCAAAUCUUCUUCAGAUGCCAAAAGUCUGCUUCAAGGGGAUUUCAAGAAUUCGAAUCUUGCUGGCGAUGAGAAAUUAAUUGCUUCGAAUCCUGUUGAAGUCAAUGCUGAUCUCUUGGGACUUUCUACAGAAAUCGAAAAAGACUUUCUUCGGGGUACCAAUGCUAGAUCGGAGAAGCUUCUAGAGCUUCACGAUAGGCCCCCAGGCCUUCCAUAA